GGGGCUAUUUAAAGGGCUUGGGAGGAGCAGAGCCAAGAAGGAGUGAGCAGUGACCAUGGCCACCUCAGAGCUGAGCUGCCAGGUGUCCGAGGAGAACCGCGAGUGCAGAGAGGCCUUCUGGGCUGAAUGGAAGGAUCUGACACUGUCCACACGGCCUGAAGAGGGUUGCUCCUUGCAUGAGGAGGAUGCCCAGCGGCGUGAGACCUACCACCGGCAGGGGCAGUGCCAGGCAUUGGUACAACGUUCCCCCUGGUUGGUGAUGCGUAUGGGCAUCCUCGGCCGUGGGCUGCAGGAGUACCAGCUGCCCUACCAGCGGGUGCUGCCACUACCUAUCUUCACCCCCACCAAGGUGGGCGCCAAGGAGGAGCACGAGGAUACUCCCAUCCAGCUGCAGGAUCUGCUGGCAAUGGAGGCAGCCCUGGGUGGCCAGUGUGUGGACCGCCAGGAUGUGGCCGAGAUCACCAAGCAGCUGCCCCCUGUAGUGCCUGUCAGCAAGCCCGGCGCCCUUCAUCGCUCCCUGUCACGCUCCAUGUCCCAGGAAGCACAGAGAGGCUGAAGGGGACCGUGACUCCAUCAUGCCCGCCCUGGGCUGGGCCCUUCCUGGCUAGGACCACAGAAGAGAGCUGCUGGCCAUGGAUGCUUUGUAGUUUGCCCAGUGUUGGGGGCUAGGGGAGGAGGAAGCCAGAGGCCAGAAUGCCUGGGUCCCCUGAGUUCCCAAAGGGAGGGGAGCAAAGAUGGGGGGCACUAGGGGUACAGAGCUGGGGGCCAGCACAGCCGAGUAGCCCCAGCUCCAGAAGAAGGGACAAAAGACGCUAGUGAGGGCAAGAGGUCCCUUCUUCAGAGGAGUGACCCUGGUCCAGUUUUCAGCUUCAGAGAAGGACAAAGACAAAUGUAAGGGGAUCUGGAAUGGUCUGGGAAGGAGGCUUGGAGAAGACUGGAGGAAGGGGGACGUGAAGAGGGCAGAGGCGGGAUGGAGCCCCCAGCACCCUCUGUUAGCGCUGCAAUAAAUGCUCAAUCCUG